UUCAAGGAAUAAAUCGGAGAUGAAAGCAAACAUGCUGAAGUCCACGUCUAGUAGUUUGGCGUCGGUGUCUUGCAGUAAUUCAACAAUUCCUUCCAUUUUCCUACAGAGUAAUGUUAAAGGAUUUUCAUCAUAAGAAAAGAGCAUCAGUUUGGUAUCUCUCCUUCAUCGCAAUGUUGGUGUUGGCGAGAUUGAUUGCAGCAACAACGAGAAGUUGUUUGCCUAAAAAUGCCUGUACUACUUCCUCAAGCCGAGUUUUCCUGGACGUUAUCGGAAUUACAAGACCUGCUGUAAGCGUACAAUGUGCAAAAAGGAACACGUCGACGACACCUCUGGAACACUGGACUGAUAUAAGUAUCACAGAGUUGAAGGCGAUGUUAACAGCUAACAAUGUUCAGCUGUUUGAUGUUCGAGAACCUCACGAGUUGGUGGAGACAGGAAAAAUCGCUUGUGCUACGAAUAUACCAUUAAGAAAAGUUCCUGAGGCCUUUACAAUGGAUCCUGAAGAAUUUGAAGAACAAUACAAUGUUAAAAAGCCAAGCAAGAAUGAUGCAAAUAUUGUGUUUCACUGCUUAGCAGGAGUUAGGAGUAGAGCAGCAAUGGAGGCCGUCCAUCAGAUUGGCUUCACUAAGUAA